GAGAUUGCUAUCAGCGUCACCUAACUCUGUAACUGGCGUUCCUCUCCGCCGCUGCUUGCUUCCGUAAAUCUUACAAUGUCGUCGUCGUUGUGGCGGUUUUCGUUUCUUUCUAAUCUCACUGUUCUUCGUUCCUAUCACUCUCAACCCCAUUCCUUUCACAAUGUUGGUGAUGCUGUUUCCUUCUUCAAUCGCUUACUCCAAAUGCAACCUACCCCUUCCAUCAUCGAAUUUAGUAUGAUUUUAACUUCCCUUGUCAAGAUGAAGCAUUACUCCACCGCCAUAUCGCUUUCUCGCCAAAUGGAGAUCACUGGAAUUACGCCCAGCCUUGUCACUCUCAACAUCCUCAUCAAUUGCCACUGCUACCUAGGUCAAACCACUUCCGCAUUUUCUGUAUUGGCCAACAUUCUCAAGAGAGGUUAUCACCCAGAUACCAUCACCUUCACUGCCCUCAUGAAAGGUCUCUGUCUUCGCGGCAAUGUUCACAGAGCUCUGCAAUUUCAUGAUGACGUGCUAGCUCAGGGAUUUCGGUUGGAUCAAGUCACUUACGGGACAUUGAUCAAUGGCCUAUGUAAAAUGGGUGAAACAAGUGCUGCUUUGGAGUUUCUGAGACAGAUUGAAGGGCAAUUGAUUAUUCCUAAUGUGGUAAUGUACACCACCAUCAUCGAUAGCCUGUGUAAAGAUAAACUUGUAAGUCAUGCUUGCAAUUUAUAUUCUGAAAUGAUUGUCAAGGGAAUAUCUCCUAAUGUAGUCACGUACAGUGCUUUAAUAUAUGGCUUUUGCAUUGUUGGCCAAUUGAAACAAGCAAUUCGUUUAUUAGAUGAAAUGAUGAAGAAAAACAUCGACCCCAAUGUUUAUACUUUUAGUAUAUUGGUCGAUGCUUUAUGUAAGGAAGGGAAAGUGAAAGAAGCUAAAAAUGUGUUAGCUGUGAUGAUUAAACAAGGUCUGAAACCUAAUGUUGUUACUUAUAGUUCCUUGAUGGAUGGGUAUUGCCUAGUUAAUGAAGUGAAUAAAGCCCGGGAUGUAUUCAAUGCUAUGGCUCGGUGGGGAGUGACUCCUAAUGUUCAGAGCUACUCUAUUAUGAUUAAUGGAUUGUGUAAGAUUAAAAUGGUGGAUGAAGCCUUGAAUCUCCUUGCAGAAAUGGAUUGCAAAAAGAUUAUUCCUAAUACAGUAACCUACAGUUCUCUUAUUGAUGGUUUAUGCAAAACGGGGAGAGCCUCUCAUGCUUGGGAGCUUCUUGAAGAGAUGCAUGUGAAAGGACAACCGGCCAAUAUAGUCACUUACAAUUCUUUAUUGGACGCUUUAUGCAAAAGCCAUCACGUUGACAAGGCAAUUGCACUUAUCAAGAAAAUUAAAGAUCAGGGUAUUCAGCCGGAUGUGCUCACAUACACAAUACUCAUAGAUGGACUAUGUAAAGAAGGAAGACUCAAAGAUGCACAAGAGGUUUUUCUGGAUCUUGUGAUUAAAGGCUAUCAUCUAACUGUCUAUACAUAUACUGUUAUGAUCAAUGGGCUUUGUAAAGAAGGCUUGUUUGAUGAAGCGUUGGCCUUGCUGUCAAAAAUGGAAAAUGAGGGAUGUACUCCUAAUGCUAUAACUUUUGAAACUAUUAUUCAUUCACUCUUUGAAAAUGGUGAGAAUGACAAGGCUGAGAAACUUCUUCGUGAAAUGAUUGAUAGAGGUCUACUGGAAAAAUUAUAGAUACACACGGAAAAGGAGACAUACAUUUUGAUUAGUUUGAUGAUUUUAUCAGGUUCCAGAUUACUCACUACCUGGAGAUGCAGGACCAUAGCAGAAAGAGAGCAAGGUAUAUCGGUGUUAAAGACAGUGAAACAUAUUGAAGUUCAUGAGUUUUGGAUUGUGAGGCAGCUAAAAAGGGUUCAAUUUUUAGUCCAUUGAUAGGGCAAGGCUCAGUUUUGGACUUGUGCUCGUACUGAUGGAUAUUGCUAGUUCUAUGUUGCUUCUAUUUCUGACUUUCACUUGGAAGGUCCUUGCACCAUUCUCUGGGUACUCUUGCUGUCCUUGGGACUACCCUCUAAGUCAUUUAAUUUGUAGUUAAAGUAAUUCCUUUAACUGACAGGCUACCUGUUAUUUAUUUUUCAUUUCUCGUCUAACUUUGGUAUAUAAAUUUUGAACAACUAUGUCUUAUCCUUCUCUCUUGAUGCUGGUCCCAUGCUUGCCCUCCCACCAGAGAUUUGCAUCUAGAAUCAGAGCAAAUGCAAUUUCUUUAUCAUUAGCCACAUAUGGGUAAUUGAUUUUCCUUGAUUAAUAGGUUACCAUAUAUUUCCCCAAUCUCCAUGAAAAUCUAUUCCCCUUUAUUAACAAGGCCUGAAUUAACAAAAGCUGUAAGCAGCCCAAGAAAUGUUACCUGGUCUGGUAUAACAUAUGAUAGUUUCAUUUGGCUGUACAGCUCACCACAUUGAAACCAUUCUCUAUGUUUAGAAUAAGCACUUAUCAUGGAGUUCCAUUCAAUUAUAUCUUUAUGGCUGCUUUUGUCUUCAUAAAAAAGAGAUAUGGUUGAUCAUGUUGAUUCCUACCUCACUAGGACCCUAUUAAAUUCAAUUCAAUACGUGAACUCUCUCUGUUUUCUGACAGGGUAUGUUAAUUUGACCUAUGCCCUAUAGCUUAAUAUUCUUUAAUCUCGUUCAAGUAUUUAGAGAUUUUGGUGUUUUGCGCUUGUAGCUUAUCAUAUCCAAAGUUUUUCAGGAUCUUUACUUUCUAUGAAAUUGUUUAUGUGUGAUUUAUUAUCUUGUCCUAUAGCUACAUGUUGGCAAUUGUAUAUAGCUGAAAGUUUGAGAUAUGAUGAAUUGUGUUGGGAACCCCAACUUCGCUAGUCCACAACACAGGAAACAGGUAAGGCAAAUAUGCAAUUGAUUGUUUAUUGAUGAAUGAAAAGGGAUUACACAGAAAGGGAAUGGAUCCGAUUCUGACACAGAGCACUGCUCCUAUAAGAAGCUCAAAGCUUCUUACUCAUGACUCUAAAAUAACAAAUAAUCUAGAUACCUCUCAACCUCUCUCUCAUCCCCAUAUAUUGUUAGCUGACAGUACAAUCAAGAUUCACUCACUCACCAUUCUGUUAGGACCUACUUCGGAUUCCCCAUUUUACCCCUUCUAGAAUAGACUCUCCAUAGCUUAGGUCCCUUUGCUUGCUGAUGGGCCAAAGGUUCGUCAUUUGGGCUGCUGCUUGUAUGAUUCCCGGGCCUAUCAAAUUGUGCUAGCAAUCCUUAUAGGGUUUCAACAAUUGGAUUUGAGGGUCCUAGUGAUUUUAUUUGCUUGACUUUUGCAGUUCUUUAAGCAAAACUGUAUGCUUGUAAGCCCUCUAGCCUUCCAAAAUAUCCUCCUAGCAAGGAAAUGGAUGCAAAGCUACGGGAUGAAGAAGCUAGAAGGUGGCCUAAAUUACUUAUGGCAUCUCAAUGACCAUUUAAUCAGAAUCUGUUGAAACCCUUAUUAUGAACAAAGUUUACCAAAACGCUUAAAUGUUGUAUAUGUUUUCACUAUGUUUUACUUUAGCUGGCUCUGCCAUCUGUCUUUGUCUCUAUAAUUACCUAUUUUCCAUUUUAUUUCUGUCAUGCAUUUGCUCAUUUCACGUCUCUUCCUUCUUCAUCUUCCUUUAGUUGUUUACUUGUUUAGCAUUUGUAUGGCUUGAACAUGCUUAUUUAAUUAUCCUUCUCCAUCUUUAUUUUCUCCUCCUCCUCCUCCUCAUGUUACUGUAGGCAGCAUAAGAUAUUUCUUUUCAGCUGGCAAAAUUAAAAUGCACUCCUAUCAGUUUUUAAUUUAAUUAUGUAAAUUAUGUCAUUACUGUAAAUUGAGAGAAGCUGGUAAGGCUAAUGCUGAUGGUGUCAAGAAAUCUUGUCCACGUGACUGAGCUGGGAGGGGAAUUCCUGUUCUAGAUGCCAAUGCUGAACUGAGAGCAAAUAUUAAUGUAUGUCUGAUAUGACAUCUAAUUCACUCCAGGACAUGCAGUUUGGGGUUAACUCCUGAGAAUCCUGGUCCAGUGCAAUUUAAGUUUGUGGUUCCAGAAUUCGACUUUUAGAAGGCUGCAAUUUUGUAACCACCGAAUUUAUCUUUGGGAAUUGCACACCUACUUGAUUCCACUCUUAUCUACUUGAUUCUUAAUUAUUUGUUGAGAUUUAUAUAUCUUCUGUUUAGUUGGGUUCAUUAAGUUUCUUUGUUGAAAGUGUUUUUGAAAGGAUGUUUGGUCGAAAAUAUGAAUGUGCAUACUAUCUGA